AACAUGAAAAUCCUCGUGGUUUUGGCCGUGUUUUUUCUCGUCUCCACUCAGCUGUUGGCAGAAGAAAUGGGUGCCAACGAUGAUCUAAAUUAUUGGUCUGACUGGUCGGACAGUAACCAGAUCAAGGAGGAGCUACCAGAACCCUUUGAGCAUCUUCUGCAGAGAAUCGCCCGGAGGCCCAAGCCUCAGCAGUUCUUCGGAUUAAUGGGCAAACGGGAUGCUGAUUCCUCAAUUGAAAAACAAGUGGCCCUGUUAAAAGCUCUUUAUGGACAUGGCCAGAUCUCUCACAAAAGGCAUAAAACAGAUUCCUUUGUUGGACUAAUGGGCAAAAGAGCUUUAAAUUCUGUGGCCUAUGAAAGGAGUGCAAUGCCGACUUAUGAAAGAAGACGUAAAUAA